AUGACCGCCGAUACCAAAAGCGCUUCGGCGUCACAGAAUUCGUCGCCAGGGCUGCGUGUGCCUUCCAGUGCGACGGACUCGCAUCGGGGCUCGUGGUUCCAGCGCCGUGCUUCGCAGCUACGUCGCAGCACCAUCCAUACCCCAGAGCGGUCAGAAAAGCCGGACGGACACGACGUGUUUUCAGCAGAUGCGCCGCGCACGGUCCCCACGCCGGCCGUCGCGGUAGGCGAGCCGACGCUCGAGAUCGCAACGCCUGCGCGUGGCACAGACUGGUCGCCUGGCACGGCGAUUGGCGUGUCGCUUCUGCAGGGAAAUGCAAACUCUUCGCCGGAUACGAUGCGCCGCCGUGCGUCGACGGACGGAGGAUUGGCGCCGCCCUUUACCACGCCUCAAGCCACGUCCAAGCUUAAUCCCUUUGUCUCGGCCGCCUCACCGACCGGCGUCAAGAACGGAUCACACUUACCACCGCCUGUUCUUCCCGCUUUGGGCAUGCCAAACGCACUACUUACUAGCGACACCCAGGCAAUCGACACGCCGCCGCAGACACCGCAGACGCAGCCCCGCCGCGCUGCAUUGCGGGCCGCCGAUGCGCCGCCGAUGCCGUCGCAGCCGGCCGUCCAAGAGCCCAGCAUCGAGAGCGCGCCGCUCACUGGCGUCUCGGAGCGCACGCUCAAAUCGCAGUCGAGCACAGAUACGAACCCAGACUGGAUCUUUGACCAACAGGAAGACUCGGUCUCUUCGCACGUCAGCACGCCUUCAGUGGACAUUCCCAAUGUUCGCAGCGCGACGCCGAAUACAAAUGGUGUACCCGUACUGCCCAAGUCGGCGGCGCGGAGAAACGUGCCUGUGGUGUCGGCGAUCCAGACGACGCUGCCGACGCUGCCGUGCCGCGAACUGGACCAGCACUGGACGCCGCCGGCAGAAGGGACACGGAUUCCGGUGCAGGACUGGGACACGUACAGCUACGCGUCGACAGACUCGACGCCAAGCACGCCCAUCCGCCUCCCGGGCGGCGUACAGGCCACGCCGCUGUCCGUGCGCCUCGUGCAGACAGGAACAGGUCAGCUCUCGGUCGUACAGCCGGAGCACCAGUCGGAGGAGCAGGUGCAGAACCAGGUACAGUCUACAACGACUCACCUGUCGAUGAAGGACUGCGUGCUGCACCCUGCCCGCUUUGAUGUCCUGCGCAAGCCGGACGCGCUCGUGGUCCUCGACCUAAGCAGCACAGGCAUCGAUGUUUUGCCUCCUGCGCUGCAGCAGUGUCAGACACUCGAAGAGCUCAAUGUGUCGGAUAAUGCUCUGAGUGCAAUGCCACAGACAUGGGCACCGAUUAGCUCGCUGCACCAAUUGCGUGUCCUGCUUGCCGACGACUGCAGCUUGCAUGCUGUGCCCGACAAAAUCAGUGCGCUGCGCAACCUCCAAGUGCUGGGACUGCGUGGCAAUCUGCUGACGCACCUGCCGAGCUGGCUCCACGUCCUCGACCGACUCGAGUGCUUGCUGCUCGAAGGCAAUGAGCACAUUGUGCCGGCAUGGCGCGCGAUCCUCCUGCCGCUUCUGCAAACCAGCAUGCCAUAUAUACAUCCAGAGAUGGAUACCAAGGCGCCCCGCGAAAGCCCUGUGCGUACCGGUGAGUCGCGCAAGCGGGGCCUGCUGCACAAGGCGCUCCAGUGGAGCGCGCCGCGCCGCCCGAACGACAAGGACACUGCGCCGAUGAGCCGGUGGCGUGCGUCAGGGCGCUCGCAUGUCGAUCGCCCCCGGCGGCCCGAGCAGACCCCGUCUCCCUCGCAAUUCGCCGCGGGACAGCAGCAGCAAGAAACAGAGGGAGUAUCGCAGCGCCUGUCGCUCCGCAGCCUCGUGGCGCCGAUCUCGCACACGGGUCCGACGAGCAGUGCGCCUCUCCCACCGCUCGGCCGCCCCAGCGCAGCACGGGCCUUGGGUGCGCCCGCAUCGCCGCCCAAAGCCUCGGAAAAGACGGUGAUCCCGUGCUUCCUCCCUGUGCAUCCCGUGGGAGGCGACGAGCCUGCGACGCUUGUCAAGAGCAGUGGGCCGUACCUCCAGGACCUGCUCGGCUACCUGCGUGACCUGGACGAUCUCCUGCCGGAGCGCCACGCGCCGUCGCCAGUCACGACGCCGAUGCGGCAGCCCAGCAGCUCGUUAAGCACGCCGCGUACGCCCGGCACGCCCGGCACGCCUGCGACGCCACAAAUGACGUCGCUCUCGCCCUACUAUUUUGAAAAUGUUGCGAGCGUGUCGCCAGGCGAGACCGAGACAAGCGUCGAGUCGGCCACCGUCUUUUCCGCGCCGUACGCCACGCCCGAGUACGAGCGUGUGAAGGAAGACGGAAGUAAACGGCAGAAGCUUAUCCACGAGAUUGUCGAGACGGAGCGCACCUAUGUCGCGGGCCUGACCGAGCUCAUGGAGAUCUAUGUGAAGCGUGCGCGGCAACCGCUCGAAGGCAGCAGCUCGGACGAACGUGUGCUGCCUGUGCCGAAAGAGCGUGCGGUCUUUGGCCAUAUCGAAGGCAUUGUGCACUUCCAUGCGCACGCCUUCCUGCCGUCGCUCGAGCAGGCCGCGGCGCCGAUUCUACAGACGCAAGCGGCUCUGGAUGCCAAGACGACCGCGGAUACGGCCGCACGCGUCGCCAACGUCUUUACGCAGCACGCUGCCUACUUCAAGAUGUACAUGAACUAUGUGAACCAGUACGACUCGGCGGUGCGGCGUAUCGCGCGCUGGUCGCAGCCGCUGCCGUCGCGUGCGCGCACCGGACUGAAACCGGCGAUGGAGACGGCAGGUGUAACCCUUGCAUCGCUUGGGCAGCGUUUGCACCUCAAUGCAAACGAGGCCGAUACGCUGUCGCCCGGCCGUGCCGGCGACGAGGACUGGUCCUCGCUGUCGGUCGCGCGCCGGCGCCAGAUCCAGACCUACCUCGCCAAGUGCCGCGAAGACCCACGGCAUUCGCAGCUGAACUUGGAAGGCUAUUUGCUGCUGCCGAUCCAGCGUAUUCCUCGGUACCGCAUGCUGCUCGAGCAGUUGGUGCGGUGCACGUCGAGCACGCUCCUGCCUGCAGACGACAUCGAGGCACUGCCCCGCGCGCUUGCGCACAUCUCCCUGGUCGCCUCCUGGGUCAACGAAGGGAAGCGGCAGUCGGAGCAGGGCCGCCGCCUGCUGCUGUGGCAGAGCAAGCUGCGCGGCAACUUUUCCGCGCCGCUCGUCCAGCCCCACCGCCGUCUGGUGUGCGAUGGGCCGCUCCGCCUGCGCCGCGUCACGCGUCGCGCUGAGACGGAAGAGUUUGUCGAGGCUGGCGUGCUCGAGCAGACGACCAUGGACCAGCGCGUUCAGGUCCUGCUCUGCAACGACCUGGCGGUGGUCGUCGCGAUGCCCCGCGAGGCGUCCGAGACCGACGUUACGACGCCGCCAACAUCCUCGAGCGACAUCGAGGUCCAGAUGCCGUCGCUGGACCCCGUCGAGGUCGACGCGGUGGACCUCAUGGCCGUGCUCAAGCCAUGCGUCUGCCUCUCACCCGCCUCGCACACAGUGCCCCCGGCGUCAGUGGUAGGCCGCGUGAACCUGCGCGUGGUCGACGCCAAGUAUAUCUUUUAUUUCACUGCCAACUCCCAUCGCGACGCACAGCGGUGGGCCGAGGCGAUCAACGCCCAGCCGGGCGGGUAA